AUGUCAGGAUCUGCGGGCAUCCAGUUUGAUCCUGUGCUUUCAGAUGUUUUGUCUGCACGUUCAUAUCUAGAAUUAGCGCACGAGGGUUUCCCUUCAACUCAUGAGAAAAGUGCCAGUGUGUCGCGAGACAACCAUGAGCCUCUCGUUUUGGAGGAGUCGAUGGAGAUUGAUAUAACUUGUGAAACACACCUACAACCGCAAUUCGGAAUAUCAUUGCAAAUGGAAACGCCGAAAAAGCCGCAGACUCAGCCCGAGGUUAAGGAGACGCAACCUUUGGAGCGACCUGUGCGAAAACGAGGCCGUCCAAGGCUUAGUACGGCUAAAGAUAAUACUGCUAUCGAGGUAAUAGUCGGUGACCUGAAAUUAAGCUUUACUACAACUGACACUUUCCAAAAGGGACGACGAUUGCAAAUCCGUCGCGCGCAACAAACUUAUAGACAAAAGAAAGAAGCCACUAUCCAGGCACUGAAGACCCGCGUAGAAACUCUCGAACAGACGCUUUGGAACGUUUCAAGCAUACUUUCCGAUGUCAAUCGCGAUGAGCCAAAUGCUCUCAGUGCCAUUGAGUCCGAAAAAGACAAACUUGCUCGUGCUAGACAUAUGGCGCUGGCAGAAAUUCUCGGAACAGAGAUUUCUGAUAGAGACAGCCAAGAGAGUGAAAACUUUAAUAUCUUGAAAUCUUUAUCUUCGCGAGCAAUCGACGAGAAUGAUGACUCUGGGAAGCAAAAGCCAAGUCCACACCAGCAAACAACAUAUUCACAUGAACAAUGGUCCUCUAAUCUACUCAAUCGUCUUUUCCCGUCAACGAAUAUCUAUACGUACAGCCACCAAGAAUCUAAUUUUUCCCGGUGGCUACAGCGUUUAUGUCUGGAACAAGUCUGUCACAUGUUGACCGACUCUCACACUGACCCAAAUACCAUGAGCCGGGUCUUUGGGCUUUUCCCGUGCCUACAGGAUAUGCCUGGUGUUCGACGCAACUCUCUGCGACUUUUGAACUCCGAAAGGGAUGGCCCGCUAGAAACGACAAAUAAACUGCCAUUCUACACUCUCGGUGGUGCGAGCACACACUAUCCAAGGACCGGAUCAGAUGGUCAGCCGAUUUAUCCUGAAAAUCGACGUAGACCCGGUAGGAUUUUGCGGCGAAUGGUGAGCAUCCGACGCCGGGGUGGAAUUCAGGAUUGGGACGAGGAUUGGACUUUGGAUGUGGAACCAGAGUUUGACAUGGAAGAGAGAAAGCCAAGUGAGCAGGAACUUUUACGUUCUUUUGAUCUGGAAGGCGAAUGGUAUGACUGCCAUGAUGUGCAAGGAUAUCUUGAGCAUUGCGGCAUCGUACUAGAUGGAUCGCCGCUAUGGCCGGAGGUUCCGGCCACAACUGUAAAGAUCUUGCCCAGUCUCUCGCCCAAACAAUCGCCAUACCAGUCUUAUGUUCCUAUGGACGAAAAAUCACCAGUGGACAGAAGCGGGUCGCAAUUUCUGAGUAGCGAGUCGACCUAUGUUCUGGACACUGAAUGCUUCUUUGAAUUCUCUCAGAUGCGAGAUCCAGGAGGAACCCUGGCACUCGCCAUGUUCAACUGUACCAAACCCAUAAUUGUGGCAUACAACGGUCUUUCUGUUGGGAUUGGCAUGACGCCUACACUGGCCGCCACUAUACGCUCGGUUUUCCUACCGCGUAUGGCUGGCUAUAGCAACGCAACAUAUCUUCUAGCCACAGGCAAACGAUUCCCUGCGCAAUCUGCAGUUUUGAACGGUAUCUUUGCAGAGAUCUUGGACGAAGCCAAGGACGUCAUGCCUCGUGCGAUUGAACUUGCGCAGGAUAUCAUGACCAACAUAAGCACGAUGGCUUUGUAUUUGAAUCGACAGCUCAUUUGGCGGAAUCCUGAUAGCGCGGAAGGGGCUCACCUGGUAGACAGCCCGCUACUUUAUGAUAUGUUUGGUGGAAAGGGCCAUAUGGAGUUUAGGGCUUCUUUCUUUGAAAAGCGCAAGCCCACGUUCACCGAUGUUCUGUCUAAAAAAAGCCCCACGAACAUACCCUUGUUGGAAUGA